CCGAGCUUCUCGAGAAAGUUUAAACUUUGGAACGCGGCGCGACAGGCACCACCUCCGCGUGAACUUGAGAGCUUCGUCCUGCACUUCUUUCCUUUCACAACCUCACACUCUCUCGAUUCCUGGUUGCGCGGCAGCUGUUGUCCUUCAUUUCCUGGUCAGACGCCACCACACAGAAGGAAAGCGAACGGAAGAGUUUCUCGAUUGCAAACGCUGGGCUGUUGGAAAGUAAGUCCGGACAUUCUUCGCAUGAGCACAAACACACCGUCAGGAUGAAUUUUGGGAGCGGCGGAGGAGGGGCAGGAGGCGGUGGAAAUGCGACGGCCGCGCCAGACUUACCCACAGUGGAAACGGAACAAAUCGCAUUUCAAGCUGUGUCCGGAGAGGAUAAACUACGACUUCUACCAUCCCCCUGGCCUGCAGAUGCCCUGCCCGCCCCGACAUCCUCACUCCUGAGCAUCGCUUCGAAAAAAGGGCUAGUGGCGGCGGCGGGCCCAGACACUCUCGUGAUUGCGAGUACAGACGCCAUCCGACAGGGCUUGAUCGGCGGGGCGGCAGAUGGCAACAAGAUCAAGUCGUAUACCCCUCAAGCAGCCCUCCCGAUCCCGCGAGUGUCGCAAGUCGCUUUUUCCAGCGACGAAAGCUGCCUGGUCAUCACCGCUGAGCAAGGAGGUGGGCUGGCGGUCUAUGAUACAAACGCCCUCACAAACGGAGGCAAGGAUGCAGCGUUCCAACUGGGCACCGAAGGACAGCGAGUGAGGCAACUCCUUCCGAACCCGAACCCAUCAUCCGACUUGUCAAGAUGCUUUGGGGUUGUGACGGAGAAUGGGCAGUUGCUCCUCGCGGAUCUCAAAGAGCAGAAGUUGGCCACCACUUCCAACGGAAGCGCCAUCUUCCACGAAAAGGUCACCUGCGCAUGCUGGUCACGGCUGGGGAAACAAAUUGUCGCCGGGCUUGCGGACGGAACGGCUGUACAAAUCGACCAACAAGGUGUGGUGAAGGCGACGAUCCCUGAACCACCACAACUCGCCAGCUGGAAGGAUGAUUCCGCGGUGGCUCACCCAGUCACCUCCGUCUUCUGGCUCGAGACGAACGACUUCCUCAUCAUCCACACCCCAAUCAAUCAGGCUGAGACGCUCGGCAAUGACGACUCUAUCUACCAUCUUGCGCAUCGCGACAAAGCAAGUGGCGGCUGGUCCUUCUCCAAAUUCGAAGAUCCCUGUCCGGCAUUCGGGAUGGAGCGGAAGCCGGCACAGCACUUCGUUCAGAGACUGAGGGAGUGGCUUGACCUUCAUGACCUCCUCAUCUUGUCCAGCACAGCGAGCGCCGAUGUUGGCAUUUUCGCCCGUUCCAAGACGCCCCUCAACUCCGAGCACCCAGUCGUUGAUUCGUAUACAUAUACGCAGCCGCCAGAUGCUCGCCGCCCUGCGAUGCCUGUCAGUGCGGAUGGAGAUACGAGCCCGAUUGGAAUGGCCAUUGAUCUCAGCGUGAAGGAGAAGGCCCCUCGUCCUAUUCCAAAUGAAGAGACGCUCGAAGAAAGCCCGGUGCCGUUACCUGCACUGUACGUCCUCAAUAAUGAAGGAUUGUUGAGCAUGUGGUACAUUGUCUACAACGACUCUGUCCGGCAGGCUCAACCCUAUGGAGAUCUCAUCGCGGCCGGUGGUCCACGGGCUUUAGGGGAGCAGAAACAAGCGCAACCAACGACACAAGCAACUUCUCCCGCGCCCCCUUCUUUUGGUGCGAGCACAACAUCGGUAUUUGGCCAAACUCAGAAACCUGCCGGCUCUACGUUCGGCAGUCCGAGUCAGCCCACAUCUACAUUCGGCAAGCCUUCAUUCGGCCAGGCCAGCACCCCAGCGUUUGGCGGCACAUCAUUCCUCGGAAACAAGCCAUCUCCCUGGGGUGCGACACAAGCUGGCUCGUCUCCCGCACCAUUCUCGCAGCCUGCAUUUGGAUCGAGCACCUUUGGUCAACCAAGUGGUGUGAACAAGUCUUCGGUCUGGGGCUCGCCUCAACAGCAACAACAAGCCCCUUCUACCGGCUCUGUUUUCGGUGGCAAUGCAUCCCAAACGUCGCCCUUCAUGAAGAUUGGCAAUCAAAACAGUACUUCAAGCUUCGGCGGGAGCAAUACUCAAUCACCCUUUGCCGCCGCUGCUAAGCCAGCUUCUGGAUUUGGCGGCUUUGGGAAGGAGAAUCAACCAUCGCCAUUCGCGGCCGCUGCAUCGAAGCCUGGUCUCCCCAACCAGACCUCAGGAUCAACCGUUUCCUUUGGCAACGGGACAAGUUUCGGCUCGGGAGGCACGAAUUUCGGCGUCUCUAGCUUCCAGUCAUCACUCACUCCCACGCCGCAACAAGCGCAGAGCAGGGAGGAGAGCAUGGAUGACGAUGCAGAAAAGCCGGCCUCUCAAGCGCCGUCUACCGGAAGCGGGCUUUUCGGGAUCGAGGGUUCGGGAUUCAAGUUGGGAAGUACCUUCAAACCCGACGGCACGGCCAAAGACGACGGUCCAAAACCGAAGGACGCUGGCGCCGGUCUGUUUGGAAAGGGAUUUGGCGAUGCUCUGGGGCUAGGAGAGAAGCCUGCUGGAAGUGCAGAGGAGAAGAAAGGGGAUGCGAGAGCUGGUAGCGAAGCAAGCUGGUUGGGCGGAAAGGGGACACCGAUAAUCAAAAAAGAGCCGGGUACCGAGAAUGAGCCCCGACUGCAAGACAUUCCAGCCGCUCCGCCGAAAGAAGCAGAGAAGGCGGCGCCUGUGGACGAUGCUCCUCUUCCUCCCGAUCCCACCACCUAUACGGCGCCUGUGGACGAUGCACCUCUACCGCCCGAUCCGACCACCUGGAAGCCCAAGCCUGAUGCUCUUCCACCCCCCAUCCCCCCGGGUUUCGGCUCUGAUUUCGUCAAGCCCGUCGCAAAGGAUACGGCUCCUGCUGUCUCGUCUAUAUUUGCGAAGAAACAGGAACCAGAGAAGGAAGAGAAUCAGCCACUUGCGGGUUCACCACCUGUUGAUUUGGGUGGAGAAAAGUUCUCCGAUGGGGCUCCUUCGGUGCCGGAUGCUGAAGAGGCUGCUGGCCCGCCUGAAAGUGACGAGGAUGAGGGCGAGUGGAGUGACGAGGAUGGCGAUGAAGAGGAAGACGAAGAAGAGGAUGAAGAGGAAGACGAAGAGGAUGAAGAGGACGAGGAAGAAAACGAAGAGGAUGAAGAUGAGGAGAACCACACGCCCAAAGUCUCUGAUGCACGAGGCCUGUCGGCUUUCGAGGCAAGACUUACUCCUGCUAGUCCAAAGCGUGCAGAGCAACCAACACCGGAUGGCAAAGAGUCGACCACGCCGGCGACAGACAAGCGCGAUUCUUAUACUCCAGCCGGUCUGCCCAAGGCGCCAGUUAUGUUCCCGCCGCCGCAACGCGCGCAGGAAUCCCCUCGCAGCCCAAGUCCACAGCGAAGUGCGACCAGCCCGGCAAGAAGCAUGGGGUUCAAGUCUGGAGGCGCGCAGCAGACGUCAUCACAAGGAUCGUCGCUGUUUGGGAAGCCAAGUGGACAGCAAUCCCUGGGCCAGCCUCCACAGCUACCACCGCCAUCUCAGCCGCCUGCACUGCAAAGCUCAACUGGAACCGCGCCACCAGCUUCGCAGGCCCGACCCAUCCCAUCCCAACCUCAGCGGAUCGCUGUGCCUCCGUCUCAGAUUGCAAGACCGGAGAAGCCCACUCCUCCACCGCAGCCAGCAGAGCCUACACAAGGUGAGCUAGAGGACGAGGAAGAUGCCAGAAUCCAAGCCAUCCUCGCGGCACCUGUGGAGCCAGUCACAGAAGUCCCUGCAUUCCUCGCCCACCAAGACUACGUGGCUGAUGGGCGAGAGAAGCAAGGCCUCGGCGGACAGAUUGAGCGCGUAUAUCGAGACGUCAACUCCAUGAUCGACACUUUAGCACUGAACGCUCGUUCCCUACGAGCGUUCGUAAUGGGAAACAGCGAACCUCAUCAUGGCGGAGAGAGAGGUCGCUUGGAUUUGGAAGAGGAGGAUGACUGGCUGCUUGGCGAAGCGGGAAGUCUGAUUGGCAUCAUGGAAGGUAUCGACGUCGAGCUGGAAGACGGGCGACUCGAGGACGUCAAAGGCGCGAUCGAGAGCUUGAUGGAGGAGGAGAAGGUCAUCAAUCGAUUGCGUACGAGGACUCUGGAGGCGCGCAAGCAGAUCGCCGCGCGCUCAGAUCCAGCUCAGCUCGCUCAACAGCAUGCCGCGCCGCUGCCCCCGGAAAGCCAGGCCCAACAGUCUGAGCUGAGACAGGGCGUUCAGCGCUUGCAGACACUCCUUGGCAAGGCGGAAGAACAGCUGAGCGUGCUACGAGCGGAGCUGGCAUCCGUCCCGAAAGCGAAUGGAAGAAGCAACGCACCGUCCGUCGAGGCAGUGAUGAACACCAUCCGCAGAAUGACCGCCAUGAUCGAGGAAAAGAGUGUGGCCGUCGACGCCCUCGAAGCCCAAAUUAAGCGCCUAGGCGGCCCGGCGGCGAUCGGACUGUUGAAGCCGGGGUAUGAAGACGACCUCGCGGCGACUAUGGGCGCCACUCGCCUUUCGCACACCUCGCCUUCGGCCAAUUUCAGGAGCAGCACGGUUUCGCUGCGUGGAUCAAGGAACACGCCGCCGUCUUUGAGCAAGAAGUCGCUGUUUGACGUCUCUGAUGCGGAAGUGGAGGCGUACAGGGUGAAGAGGGAGGGGCGGAGGAGGGUGAUGGAGAGUUUGAGGGAGCAGCUUGAGGUGAGGGGCGCGAGGCUUGUGAAGGUUGGAUUGUGAUGAAGUGAUGCUGGGGCUUGGAAAGGGGGCAACUUGAGACGCGCACCUGGAGAUUCGUGGCUAGGCUUGAUAGAUAGUCGUAUGCAAUAGCGCAAAUGGAUUGCAAUUGUUCAGAGUCGCUUGCGAUUUGUCUGUCUAUCCUUUCAUGCGUUCGACAACAUCG